CUGGCACGGAUCGAUAGGCCAGCCUACGCACAGCGCGUCGUCUUUGUGGAACAGGCAGACACUGCCGCCAAGAAACAGUCCGGCUCCAGCAAGAACUCACGGCGGCGGUCUCACUCAUCAGGACACGACGAUGAUGCCAAGGGCGGCUGGAAGUCACGGCUGCUGGAAGGCGGCGCGACAGCCUUCGGGUCCGUCGUGGUGCUGGGCCUGAUCGGCUACUCGUAUGAGAUGUACUACAAGUGGCUCGUCCUCCAGAAGAUGGACAAGGCCUUUGACGAGGGCUACUCGACGCCCGAGCUGGCCGCCCUGACGCGCCACACGUACGCCAACCUGGGCCGCAAGGUGGUCAUCCUCAAGGACAUGGAGGACGACAACUGGAUCUCCCGCCAGGAGCAAGGGGUCAUCGACGCCAUCGUCGACGGCACCGCGCAGGGCCAGUACCAUCUCAUCACGGGCGAGAAGGGCACCGGCAAGACGUCCAUGCUACUCAAGGCCAUGCGCCGCAUCGAGGGCAAAGGCAUCGCCAUGCUCGAGGCCCACGGCGACCUCGAGGUCUUCCGCCUGCGCCUCGGCAAGGCCCUCAACUACGACUUCCACGAGGACUACAUCGGCAGCCUCUUCAGCUUCAAGGGCCCGCGCGACGCCACGCCCCUGCUCGACAUUGAGCGCGCCUUCAACAAGAUGGAGAAGAUUGCCCUCCGGCGCCGCCAGCUCACGGGCAAACCGCUGCUGCUCAUCAUCAACCGCGCCCACCUGCUGCGGGAUGAUGACGAGGGGCGCCACCUGCUCGAGGCUAUCCAGCAGAGGGCCGAGCUUUGGGCUGCCAGUAUGCUUGUCACGGUUGUCUUCAUCAGCGACGAGUACUGGAUCGAGGAGCGUCUACGGCCGCAUGCCACUCGGAUGCGGGUGCUCCCUGUCCACGACAUCUCGCGAGACACGGCGGUAGAUGCCAUCAAGGAAUUCCGAGCACGCGUCUUCCACGAAAAGGUGACGACGGAGGCAGUGGAGAAGGUCUAUGCCAGGGUCGGAGGAAGGCUACGCUUCAUCAGCCAGGUAGCAAAGGCGGUCGACAUGGACCUCGCUUCCAGAACCAUCGUUGAGAGGGAGAAGCAGUGGUUCCUCAACCAGUGCUGGAUCCUCGGCAAGGAGAUGGACCCCGAGGCGGAGAAGCAGCAGGAUUUCUGUAUGGCGGCCAUGGUGCUGGCCAAGGCCCUUGUUGCCAAGGAGGACGAGAUGAAAAAGGAUGGGACCAUCAGCCCGUUCGCCCUGCCCGAGCUUCCGCUGCACGAGGCGCGGCAGAUCAUGACGCGCUUCGACUUCAUCCAAGCCCACGAUCACAUCAACAUCUUCUCCAUCGACUCCAACUCCAAGGUCCGCGCCGACUCGGUCGCCAUGCAGAAUGUGUUCCGCGAGGUGGUCAACCAGGAGGGCUUCCAGGAGCUUUUGGAUGAGACACAGGAGCGUCUGGAUGAGCUGGAAGCCCUGGGGCGGACGAGGGAGAUCACGCUCAAGGACUUGGUUGGGGGUGGAGGGUACAAUGCCAGCGUUAAGGAUGGCUCAGCAAAGCAGGCAAACAUGGUCAUUUCGUUCAGGGCUGCCCCAGAUCCUGACCCAUAG